AUGACUUCUCAGCUCGUCUGGUUGAUCACAGGGACAACGUCAGGACUCGGACGCGAUCUCGCACUCGAAGCUCUCAAACGUGGAGAGAAAGUCAUCGCGACGGGUCGGGCGCGUUCCAUCUCAAAGCUUGCCGAUCUGCAAGCGAAAGGCGCCGAUGUCCUCGAGCUGGACGUGACCUCUCCUCUUGAAAAUCUCCACGAAAUCGCGAAGAAAGCCGUUGGUAUCCACGGCCGUGUCGACGUACUGGUGAACAAUGCGGGGUACAUUUUGGUUGGUGCUAUCGAAGAAAACACUCCUCAAGAGACCUUAGACCAAUUCAACACGAAUGUGUUCGGUGCUCUGAAUGUAACCCGGGCAUUCUUGCCUUACAUGCGAGAGAGAAGGGCAGGGACCGUUGUUUUCAUUGGAUCCAAAUCCGGAUGGGAAUCGACACCCUACGCUGGUCUUUAUGGUGCUACAAAGUGGGCGCUGAGAGGGAUUUCCGAGACCCUCCACGAUGAAAUAUCGCCCCUUGGACUCAGGAGCAUCUGCAUAGAUUUCGGAUCCUUCCGCACUUCAUUCUUGGAUGGUGAUCAACGCGCACCGAAGGUCGCUCGAAUUCCUGAUUACCAAGGGACUUCGGGGCCCGUGGAAGCUGCUAUGCAAGAAUAUAACGGCAAACAGCCUGGAGAUCCUCUCCAAGGGGUGAAAGUCAUUGUAGACCUCGUCAAAGGGGAAGGCUCGGCAGCAAGAAAGUCCUUCCCGCGCGGGCUUGUUCUUGGAACAGACUCCUACAAUGGGGCAAAUAAGGCAAGCUUGGACGCAAUCCAACGGUUGGAAGAGUGGAAGGAGGUAUCUUCCAGCACAGACUUCGAGAACUAG